UUUCUAUUUCGUAUUUUUAUACCUUAUUCCUAUUUCUAUUGCCUUCUAUUUUCAUAUCUAUUUCUAUUUCUAAGUCGUAUUUCUAUUUCUAUUACCUUCUAUUUCUAUUACCUUCUCUAUUCUCUCGUCCUCUUUUUCCUUCUCUCUUAUUGAUAUCACUUUCAUGUUCUCUCUCUCGGCGUCUCAGGUGUUUGUGGGCUGACGAACGGGCGGUUUAUACUGUCCACACUCCUCUCUUUCUACCGGCUUCGCCUCUCAUAAUAAUAAAAUUAGGAAUAGGAGAUGGGUUAAAAUAAAUGGGUUAAGAUUAAACGUUAUACGACUGACGAAUUUUCUGGUUUUAUAAUAUAGUGCACUCAAAUUUUAGGCCAUUCAUUUCCCUUCGUAUUAACUUGGUAUCGCUCCUACCUUUCCUCUUCAUUUUCCACUUAACAUUCCUUUCUCAUCGUCCAGCUAUCGUUUCAUUAUCGUUCAGUUAUCGUCAAGUUAUCGACAAGCAUUCCAUUUAACUUGGUAUCGCUCCUUCCUUCCCCUUCAUUUUCCACCUUACAUUAAUUUCUCAUCGUCCAGUCAUCGUUUAAGUAUCGUCCAGUUAUCGUCAAGUAUUCCAUUUAACUUGGUAUCGCUUCUUCCUUCCCUUCAUUUUCCACCUAACAUUCAUUUCUCAUCGUCCAGUUAUCGUUUAAUUAUCGUCCAGCAUUCCAUUCCAUUCUUUCCACCACAAUAGACUCCCUCCCUCACUCGCUCUCAUUUCUCCUUCCCUGGGUCUCGUCUCGCCGCGGCCGCUCAGUCUACCGCUGCAACGACCACGGGGAUGCGGCGCUGGCCAACUUCGUGAACCCUUCCUACCCCUACCGCGACACCCAGCCCGGGAUAUGUAUGUUCCGGCUCGACCUGCGGCCCAGAGUGUGUCAGGUUCGGGUGGACGUGGUGGAGACUAACCUUGCCGCGCCGACGGAGGGGAAGUGCUUACGGCAGUUCCUUACGGUGCAGGGGACGAUCUGGAAGCCCGGCGUGGACAGGAUCUGCGGCACCAACAGCGACACGCACUUCUAUCUCGAGGUGGACGAGGACGCGGCUUCGCCCUACGUGGAGGUGGCGGUGUCCUCCCAGGCGGGGCUCAGCUACCGGUGGGGGCUGUGGAUCACGCAGAUAGACUGUCUCGCGCCCUCCCCGAUCAAAGGUGAGAUGCUACGCCGCGCUGUCCAACUUUAUCAUGCAAAAGUUUACCUGUACUUUUCCUCCGUCAACAUAUUUUCAAUCGUCUUGUCUCUCCACUUCUGUAUUUUCCUCUCGUAUUUUCAACGUAUUUUCUCCAUUCAUGCGUCGCUCUCCCUCCCUUGGGCAGCUCCUGAGGGUUGCUUCCAGUUCUUCGCCGAGCCCGCCGGGGAGAUCAAGAGCUUCAGCUUCGACGACGGGCAGUACUACGUGGACCAGCACUACCGCCUGUGUCUGGCCGCCGCGAGGGACACCUGUACCGUCACCUUCACCGCGCGGGACGACCACUUCACGCUGGAGAAGUACGGCUCCAACGACAAGGUUCCCUCUGACCGGUCCGGCAUCAGCUCGCUGUACUGUGUGAGGGACUACCUGAGGAUCCCCGAGGGCUCAGCGGACGGCGGCUCCAGCACCGCCUCGCACGACCGCUACUGCGGCGGCCAGCUCUCCUCCCAGCACGGCGCCUCCUCGCCCGGCCCUGUCACCAGCCGGGUCACAAGCAGCGUGGUCGUCCUGGAGUUCCACGCCGGCAUUCCGCACAAGUUCAACCCGAUGGCGCACGGCCCGGGCUUCCAGGUGGCCUUCCAGCACAACCCUUGCUCCUCUCAGGCGCCCCCCUCCCGGCAGGCCAGUCUCCGCGGCGACGCCCCGACCCAUCCUUUGAUUCUGCCCCGGCCGUCAGUCCUGCAGGUAAGAGCCGAAGUCCAAGAAUACACAGUCGGCCCAGAUGACGACACGGCCGCUGCCGGGGUCGCCGCCAUACGGUCAGCCACGGCCACGCUACACCCUGACCUCUGCCGUGCCGACUAG